AUGUCAUGGGUAAGAUCGGCGGUAAACAAGGCGGUGGAAGGUGGCCCAAUCCGACGUGCCGUCCGCACUUACGCCGACUCCGUCGUGCUCCAUGCAAGCAACGCCGUUGCCGGCGGCGCCAGAAUCAUCCAAGACCGCAUUGUAACUAUCCCUUUUCCUGAAACUUGCAAAUUUCCUUUAGCCUUGGUGACUCGGAACGUGCAAAGUUUUAGGCACACUGUAAAAAGGUUAGAAGAAGUUUCGAUUUCGUGUAGAGGGAUAGAGAGAGUUCAGUUGCUAAGAAGGUGGCUGGUUGCGCUAAAAGAAGUUGAGAGACUUACUGCUACCUGCGCUGACACAAAUGCAAAAGAUCCAGACAACCAGUUCCUUCAUGAUGAAUCCAAUACCCAACAACCAACUUUGAUUUACUAUGUAGACCCUGAUGCUGUGGAUGAACUGAAAAAUUUUCGCGAUGUCUUUCUUUCCAGUCUUGCUCUUGAGGGCAUAACAUUGUCAAUGAUUCUUGAUGCACCAAAUGAGGAAGAAGUUUCACUACUUUCAGAGAUAUAUGGGCUCUGUAUUAAAGGAGGAAAGGAAGAACAUAAUGCAUUGUUAUCUAGUGUACAGGAUUUGGCGAAAGCAUUUUCUGGUUACGAAGACGAAGUUCUGGCAAAGCGAGAAGAGUUGCUUCAAUAUGUACAAAGUGCAAUUUCAGGGCUGAAAGUAAAUGCUGAUCUUGUGAGAAUAGAAGUCGAAGCAUGCAAUCUGAAGGAAAAUAUUGAGAAUAUGAAGACAGUCAACCAAGAUGAAAAUUUUGUUAAUUCACCUAAAGAGACAACUGAUGUAGCAAAAGAGUGGAAUGUGUAUUCAAACAUUGCGCUAAGUUCUUACUUUAGGAAGGCAGCUUUUGAUGAAGCUAUGGUAAAAAUUAUUCAAAUGUGCUCUAAGUUGGAGGAGCUCUUACUGAAAAAGAAAGACUUUAGCUAUGGUGAUUCUCCACAACUUCAUGCUGAAAAGGUUGACAAAUUGAAAGUUUUAGCAGAGUCUCUUGCAAAUUCUACCACAAAAGCUGAGACUCGCAUCUUCGAAAACAGUAUCACGCGGAGAUCUCAAAAAGAAGAAGCAAUUCAUUUUCGGGCAAUUAAAUAUGACGAGGUUAGCCUAAUUGAGAAGGUACAUUCUCCUCAAUAG